AUGCCGCCCAAGUUUGGUCGGCGGGCGGGGGAGGGGCAAAGCAAGAAAGACGGCAGUGUUGAUUCUGCGACCCCACAAGAAACGAAUGCCGCUGCAUUUGAUAGCAAGCGAUAUUUGGACGUGGUGGUGCACAAGGAUGACCUUCGUAGCCUUGAGGACGGUGUGGACGAGCAGACACGUGAACAAGCCGCUAAAAAGGCGGCAGAGGAAAAAGAGAAGCUUGUCAAACGUGUUGCCGAAGCCCCUGUUGGUUACGUCGCUACCAUGCCGAAACUUGCUGAAUUAGACCUAUCAAAUGUGUGGAGCGAUUUUCUGAGUGCCGUUCACCACGAAUUGGACAUCUCCGCACUCACCGCCAGCCUCUCGCAGCAGCUAGAUGACGAGGAUGUGGCAUGGAACCCGGACAUGCUGCUUGUGCAGCUGACAUCUGACAUGUUGGAUGCCGCCGAAGUCGGCGAAAGUGGAUUGCCCGCUCCUGAUCCUGCGGCACUGGAGGCUGUGGGUAAGGCACGAAGGCGGCGCAACGAGCUGCUGGAGAAUGCGGACGAGAUGCAGGUGACAACGCGGGACCGUCGACGCCGACCGGGCGGUGAGGGAGAAGAACAGGCAGCGUCAGAAAGCCCUGAAUCCCACCAGAAGCCUGAGGAGUCGAGCAGUCGCAAAUCCUCCGAAACAAAAAAGAAGAGUCGUGAGCGGUCGCCGGGAAAAGGGGGCCACCCCGGGGCAAGGGCUGCACAGCCACCGGAAAGUCCAACAGCCUCUCCGGCAAAUCCCGCAUCACGGAAAAAGUGA